AGCCCUCGGCCCACCCAAACCACAGCGAGCGCAGGCCAGGGCAGAGGCAGAAGCGUCCGGCCCGUCCACGGCGCCCUGGGGUACGAGGCCCAUGGAUAAGUUUCGGGCCGUGCUGGACCUACACCUGAAGCAUUCCAGCGCGCUGGGCUACGGCCUGGUGACCCUGCUGACGGCGGGCGGCGAGCGCCUGUUUUCCGUCGCCGUGUUCCAGUGCCCCUGCAGCGCCGCCUGGAACCUGCCGUACGGCCUGGUCUUCCUGCUGGUGCCCGCGCUCGCGCUCUUCCUGCUGGGCUACGUGCUGAGCGCGCGCACCUGGCGCCUGCUGACCGGCUGCUGCGCGCGCGGCGGCCGCGCGGGGCCGCGGGGCGCGCUGGUGUGCGUGCAGCUCAGCGCCGCCGCCGCCGUCGCGCCGCUCACCUGGGUGGCCGUGGCGCUGCUCGGCGGCGCCUUCUACGAGUGCGCGGCCAGCGGGAGCGCCCCCCUGGCGCGGCUCCUGUGCCGCGGCCGCGACGCCACCUGCGAGUCCCAGCUGCCGCUGGCGCCCUGCCACCAGGCCCGGGCGCCCGACGCGCAGGACCUCCUGAAGGAGCUCAAGGCCCAGUCUCAGGUGCUGGGCUGGAUCCUGAUAGCAGUUGUUAUCAUCCUCCAUCUGAUUUUUACCUCUGUCAUCCGAUGCCUUUCUCCAGUUAGUUUUCUGCAGCUGAAAUUUUGGAAAAUCUAUAUGGAACAGGAGCAGCAGGUCCUUAAAAAUCAAGCCACAGAGCAUGCGACAGAAUUGGCCAAAGAGAAUGUGAAAUGUUUCUUUGAGUGCUCACAUCCGAAGCAAUACAGCACCCCAAGCAUUAGAGACUGGCAGCAAAUUUCAUCACUAUAUACUUUCAAUCCAAAGGAGCAGUACUAUAGCAUGUUGCACAAAUAUGUUAAUAGAAAGGAGAAGAGUCAGAGCAUCAGAUCCAAAGAAGGAGAUGCAGUGAUUCCCAUUCUCGGCUUUGUAGACACACCUGGUAUGCACACUACUGCUGAGUUAUGACCUUAUUAACGGCUACAAGGAAAGUUCUCUUGAGUUAUCGCUUCCUUUUUAAAAAAUUGUUUAGGACUGGUUUUUUUUGUCGAUUUUUCAAAUUGUGGAAAUAAUUUUAAAUAAAAAAAUUGAGAACUUUAUUUAUUAUAUUCAUUUUUAAAAAAGGAAGCAAAGUCAAAUGAUUUUGUCAAAGUGACAAACUGGAGCUAGAUCAGAAGUCUUAUAUCCCUAGUUCAGGGUCCUUUUCAAUGAAUAAUAAUGUUGUCAGGUAAAAGGCUAUAGUAGCAAAACAGCGAAAGAAUGAUUGAACUUGUGACCUUUCUUUUAGGUUAUCUGAUGUUAAUUUCAAAUUCACUUUCUUGCAGAUAAUAAAUUGUU